GAGUCGCAGCGGAAAGGAAAUGUGUCAUCUGUGGUUUGGUUUGAAAAGUGGAAAACUAGCUGUACGCAUCCUCCUAAAAAACUGCAGAUUUCAGUUUUGUAGUCUUCAAACUGUUCUACUUUAAGUAAGAAAAGAAGAAAAGAAGUGGUUGAUUAAAUAAAGAGCGUGGCAGAGCAUUUGUAAGAUAACAGUAUACCAGUGGGCAUGGAGCAUACAGGACGGUACCUGCGUCUCCUUUUCCUGAUGACAACAGUGUGUACCUUGCCUCCAGGAACAAAAGCAAACUAUAAACAUCUGUUGGCUGACAAUGUCACUGCUUGGGGCUCUGGUAAUGAAAACAGCACGAGCAGACAUCAAAGUGAGAGGAGCACAGACCCGGUCAGCCCUACAGUGGAUCACAGAGUGAGCUCCACAGGCAUACUUGCAUCAUCUCCAGCUGUGUCUUUAGCCCAGACAUCUACAUCGAAGUCCUCCGGGCCCCACGUCUUCAGAAACAGUUCUCCAACAGCAGAGAUCAUUGAAAGCACAAGCAAAAGUCAUGGGGAAACUUUUAAAAAGGAAGUCUGUGAGAAAAACAACAGCAACAUGGCCAUGCUUAUUUGCUUAAUUGUAAUUGCUGUACUUUUUCUUAUCUGUACUCUUCUAUUUCUAUCAACUGUUGUUCUGGCAAACAAAGUAUCAUCUCUCAGAAGGUCAAAACAAGUAGGCAAGCGCCAGCCUCGGAGCAAUGGUGACUUUCUGGCAAGCAGUGGGCUCUGGACUGCGGAAUCGGACACUUGGAAAAGAGCAAAAGAGCUCACAGGCUCCAAGCUCCUGAUGCAAUCUACUGGUGUACUCCCAGCUACCAGGGAAAGGAAGCAUGAAGAAGGAACUGAAAAACUCAACUAGACCACGCGUUAGGAAAGGGAAAUGCAAAUCAGCAAUGAGGAAGGCUGGGUUGAAAAGAAAGUUGGCUGGUGGUGGUAUUUAAAACCAAUUGUUUGUUCAGAUGUCUGAUGAAAAAAUCUGACGUGUAGUUUAGCAUCAAAAAAACCAGAAAGGAAAAUAUAUGUCUGCUGAAGUUACCUAAAACUUCAUUUCUGUUUCACACUGCUUAUUGUUUAAAAAAGCAAAUAAAACAACAGCAGCAGAAGAAACUAAUAGAAAGAGGUAACUAAAUACUCCUGUUCAGCAACAGGUGACCUUUGUCUGAAUGUACUUGAACUUGGAAGGGGUCUAUUACGUCCUUAGAGCCAAGCAGAUGCCAUAAUCCCUAGAAGUCAAAUUCCUAAUUGCUAAGUAUAAUCUUAAAACGCCAAACCUCUCCACUGAUGCAAAUAAUUCUAAUCAAACCAAAUCAGACCUAAUUAAAAGAUGCCCAUGUUUCAUGGAGUGUUCCAAGGUAGCCCUGGGAAAACAUGGAGAAGGGAAGAGAGAGAAGGGAAACCAUGUGAAACCUGGAGACCAUGUGUCUCCAUUCUCUAGGUGGCAAUGUAGAAUUCAAUUGUGUAAUGCAAUGGUACAUUCUCACUAGAUGAGGUAGAACCCAUACCAGUUUGUAUCCUAGCACAGCUAACAUUAGGUUACUUCUCUUUACCUUUACAUAUGGCAGAAGACCAAAGUGCUUUUCUACUAUACAUAAUAAACUAAAACUUCAUGUUUUCCAAUAAAUGAAAAAAAAUUAGAACAAAGUUGGCCAUGUAUCUUGC